AUGGAGUCCGAGGCGUCGUCCGUCGAACCGGGGCAGCUGUUUGUACAGCAACGCCGGGAUUUGACGUCGGUGUCAAUGAACGAUGUCAUGCCUGCUUCUCAACUGCAUAAUCUGAUUCAGCCAGGCAUCUUUGAACAGUCAUGGCCCGUCGGGGCCGUCAACGGCACGGCCCCGAAGGAUGGUUGCAUCCGAUUGGACGAUGUGUCGGUCCUUCCGGGCCGAAGCGCAAACACACCCGGCGAUUGGCUGGAUGAUAUGCCCAGCGAGCUGUUUUGGAAAAACACUCUUCAUCUCAAUCUACGUGAUACAUUUUCCAAGAUGAAAGAAAGGAGAUCAAGCGUCUCCGACAGGGGGUUGUUCCAUGAGAAGAAAGAUCUCGAAGCAGCCAAACCGACAACUCCACCUGAGCCAUCUCUCGACGCCGAAGCAAACAGAGACUUGGAUCUCGUAACAUGGAGCGGACCAAAUGAUCCUGAAAACCCCAAGAACUGGCCCAACGGUUUGAAGUGGAAAGUUACCUGCGCUGUUUCCCUUUUCGUCUUCAUCUCACCAGUCUCCUCAUCCAUAAUUGCUCCCGCCCUGCAAGACCUUGGCAAGUCCUUGAGGAUGCACUCUGAUUUUGAGACAUACCUAUCCAUGGCCAUCUUCAUCCUCGCCUACGCCAUUGGCCCCAUCUUCUUUGGUCCAGCUUCGGAGCUCUACGGCCGCGUGCGCCUGCUUCAGGUCAGCAACGUAUGGUAUCUAUCCUGGAAUCUGGGGUGUGGCUUCGCCCAGACAAAGUCCCAGCUUUUGGCUUUCCGUUUUCUUGCGGGUAUUGGUGGCAGUGCGCCGCUUGCAAUUGGAGGAGGUGCCAUUAGCGACAUGUGGAGCGCCGAAGAACGCGGCAAGGCCAUGGGCGUCUACACUCUUGGGCCGCUUCUCGGACCUGUCAUUGGACCCAUUGCGGGUGGCUUUAUUGCCCAGUACUCGACAUGGCGCUGGGUCUUCUGGGCUACCUCUGCCGCCGCCGUUGUAGUCCAAGUCGCCGGGUUCAUCUGGCUGCGUGAAUGUCACCCGGCCACGCUCCUACGCAAGCGACGCGACUUUCUCAUCCAGCAGACGGGCAACAGCAAUCUGCACACUAAUGAGCAGAUAGAGACGCUUUUCUGCAGGCUUCUACAUGCCUUCGAGCGGCCAGUCCUUCUGUUUACAACGCAACCUAUCGUCUUCUGUAUGGCCAUCUAUAUGGCCUACCUCUUUGGCACAACGUACCUCAUGUUUGCAACGUUCCCUGAAAUCUGGACAAAGGUCUAUAAUGAGAGCCCCAGUAUCGGUGGACUCAACUACCUCUCCAUUGCUAUUGGGUCAUUUAUUGGUCUCUUCUUUAAUCUUAAGCUAGUCGAUCGAAUCUACAAAACCCUCAAAGCGCGAAAUAACGACAUCGGUAAGCCCGAGUACCGCAUGCCGUCAAUAGCGGUGGGCUCCAUAAUUAGCACUAUCGGUCUCUUCUGGUACGGCUGGAGUAUCGGGAAUACGCACUGGAUUAUGCCUGAUAUCGGUGCUCUGAUCUAUACCGCUGGCACGAUUUCCUGCCUCCAGGGCAUGCAGACGUAUAUUGUCGACAGCUACCAAACCUACGCGGCCAGUGCCAUGGCGGCUAGCGCGAUCCUACGCAGUUUAUGUGGUUUCGGGUUCCCUCUCUUCGCCCCGUACAUGUAUACAUCUCUCGGAUAUGGAUGGGGCACGAGCGUGCUGGCCUUUAUCACCAUGGGUUUUGGGUGGUCGGCACCUUUUUUAUUCUGGUUCUUUGGACCUAAGCUUCGUGCAAUUUCCAGGUACGCCGCUGGCUAA